AGGUCCCCGCCCCCCGUGCGGGUUUCAUAGCUGCACUGCAAUACUGCCUUUGAGCGGUGAUACUAAUACACGUACGGUUAUAAUCUUCACUGACUCGCAUGCAUACUGGACAAGUAAUAAAGUUAAACACAAGUUAGUAUAUGUCGCCGGUAUUGCUUCGCAGUUCUGGACCUUGAGUAAGUCGUUUUUCUUGUGACGCUUGUUAUUCGAUACACGAUGGCGCGCGACGGCGGGAAACGGGGCACUACUCCGACCGGAAGCAACAGGCGCCCGGUCAAGACUGCCUCCGAAGCAUCACUUCCGGAAAUUACAGGAGCGAAUGCGAAAUCUCCAGCAGGUUCCUUCAAAGGUAGUGCGUACUACUGCCACCACAAGCCGAAAUACCCGCUCGUGACAAUUUCCAUCUGCGGUGCCUUUGCCGCGCUUUUUACGGCUAUUUCGACACAAGUUCUUCCCACAUUGUUCACCGUGGACGUGUUGCUGCUCCACGCAAGUUGCUGGGCAUUCGUGUAUGUGACUGUGCAGAAGAGUAUUUUAAUCCUCGUUCUUCCCGACGGCAGCGACUACAAUGAGCCCAUGUUCAGAAAGCCAGGCAAUACCCCCAGGUGGAGCUUCUGGGUGUGCGCAGUCCGGUCCCUGAUCUUCUGUGUUGCGUUGACGCUUGCAUUCUUAAUCGUUCUUGCAAUCGAGAUUGCGGAAACCGCAGCAAAACAGGCUAGUACAACUCGCAGAGCAGACGGCUUGACGGCAAAUCUCAACGCAGCAAAACUCAUCCUGAAUGACGUCAACACGGUCUGGCCACGGGUGAAGCGGGAUACGUUAGCGAACUACAGUAGCGUCUGCGGCAACGCGGGCAGUGGGGGCACAGACACAGUGAGCAGUUGGACGUGGUUUGAGCAGGUUUGCGACAGCGGAGACGAGCCGCGGAGCAGUGCGAGCGAAGCGUUCUCCGUUACGGAUCUACUGCAGCGGAAAUUUUCGUCCCAUUAUCCACCUGCAAGGAGUUCAACAUCUGGUGCGAACUUUUUUUUCACCGGUGGAGCAGCUUCCGCUUCGGAGCCGCACCUCUCGCUCCUGACGGGAAAGUGGUGCUUGAUGGGGCUGACCUCCUUCAUGGGCAUGAUGCUCUCCGAUAUCUGGACAUACUACAAAGUGCCCUCCUUGAACACGAACGUCACGCUUCUCGCUCACCAUCUCGUCUGCUUUCUCUCCCUGCUCGUGGCCGUCUGGUGCAACGCGCGGGGGCAGAUACCUCUGGUUUUCCUACUGGUAACCGCGGAAGUGGGCACCUGCAUCUACUCCUGGGCGGGGAUGUUCACGGAAAACAAACGCCUAGUUGCGGCCUACAAGUACUUGAUGACUUUGUCAAAUAUUUUCAUGCUCCUCUCCUGGUUCUGGUUCGCGUACUGCAACGGACCACAUCCACCGGUCUUCAACGUGACUUUUUUCACGAUUGCGGUCAUAGCGCUCGCACACGGAAGGCAGGACUUCAUGGUGCAAAGUCUCAAGGAAUGGCGAAAAGACAAUGAAGCGAGGAGGGACAAGGAGAAAAAAGGAAAGUGAUGUAGACAUAAUUGUGACACUGCCACAACGACAACGUGAAAUCAAAUGCGGAGCCGUGGCAGCUACAUCGAGAAAUUUUUCAAAAGUUCUUCAAACUACCAACGCGCAUCUCUAAUUGCAUAGCUUUUCAUCAUCAGUAUAAUCCCGUGCUAUAGUAUGUAAAUCUAAAUGCUGUGAACGUAUUACGUGGACGUGGAGAUGUCCCCUUUCUGUUUUUUGUGUCUGAGUCUGAGCAGGGAGACCGUCCGCGCAGGAAAUACCACAGCGCUGUUGUUCGGUUUAUGGUUUUUUCUUAGUCGCUUGCGCUUCACCUCCGAGAAAGUUAAAGUAUGUACAAGUGCUGCAAAUACUAGCUGCUGAGGAGAAGAACAAAUCGCCGGUCUAGGGGAGAGCAAACAAGGCAAAGUCAAAAACUAGCAGAAGAUGGUCAUGGAGGUUGUACGUAGGUG